AUGACUUAUCUUGCAUUUGGAUUAUCAUAUAUUAUUUUAUCAAAUUCAAUUGAAGGACUUGGUAAUCCUCAAACAUCUAAGAGGAAUCUUGCCCUUGUAGUCAUAUUUUAUUACUUUGGAUUUUAUUUAUUGAACACUGAAAGAGUUCAAUUAAAAUAUCUAGGAUGGAGAAGAUAUUUUAACGUUUACAAUUUUUUUGAUUUGUUUUCGGUCAUAUUGCCAUUCACUUCAGCUUCUAUACAAAUUUAUUAUAAACUAUCAGCUUAUUUCAGAUAUGAAAUCCAUUCUGUUGUUGCUAGUUAUUUUGAUCUGAAUCAAGAAAAUUUCAUAAUAUUUAAUGCAUUUACGAUUUUAGUAAUGUGGAUGGAAAUUAUUUUGUUAUUACGGUACUUUGAGAAAACCGGAGCUUACAUAUACAUUGUCAUGAAUAUCUUACAAAGUAUAACAUCUUUCUUGAUUUUUAUAUUGCUGAUCGUCCUCGGAUUUGGUCAUACUAUUAUCCUUCUUGUUACGAUUUUACAAAAUAUGUUGAUCGCAAUUAUGGCUGGCGCGUACGAUCAAGCAAAAGAAAUUAGUAAACAUGCCGCGCUGAAAUACCGAGCGGAAUUGAUCGCAGAUUAUGAAUUAUUUGAUAAACCAUUUGGGAAUCGAAAAGGGGAUCCUCGAUACAUUUUUUACUUUGGAAAAACCGAUUAUAUUGAGAAAUGGUUAGAAAAAUCCGAAAAAUUUAGAGAAAGUUACAAGAAUUUCUUGGAAGAAAUAGAAGGUGCUAAUCCAUGGUCCUAUGAUGAUGAUGAUUCGGAUAAUUUAGAUCAUUUUCAAAAGUUUCAUCAUCAUUCUCAUUCAUAUACCUGUUCCUCUAGUUUACCAGAUGAUGAUUCUGAAAUUUUAAAUUCACAAAAACGAAUCGUUCCAUUAUGUUUAUAUUGUCCAUGGAACAAGACAUAUCUGAAAAGUUGCGUUUAA